UUUCCACUGAGCAGCACAGAUGAGAGCAGGCUGUCACUCUAAAGUGGUGGACUUAAACCUGAACCUGUCAUUCUUCCACUUGUGCUCCUCUGCUGCUUCUUAAAGCUGAUGAAGAGGAAGUAGCUCGCAUCAGAUCGGCCCCCGGUUUUGUUCCAGUCAACAGGAUGCAUCUGGUUCUAGAGCCCAUUCAGGAGGCCAUGAUGAAGAUGAUACCGUAUUUUGCGGAGAAUGCCGUCCUGACACAGAGCGAGAUAAACCGCAUCCUGAGUGAAAGCUUCUUCAUGGUGAAGGGUGCUGCCCUCUUCCUGCAGCAGGGGAGCAGCCAACAGGGCCAGAAAGCACAUCCUCACCACAAACAUGCAGGCGACUUACCUCAACACCUGCAGGUGAUGAUCAACAUUCUUCGCUCGGAGGACAGAAUCAAACUGGCGGUACGGCUGGAGAGUGCGUGGUCAGAUCGAGUGCGGUACAUGGUGGUGGUGUACACCAGUGGGCGACAAGACACUGAGGAGAACAUCUUACUGGGAAUCGACUUUACCAGCAAAGACUGCAAAAGCUGUUCGAUCGGCAUGGUACUACCUCUGUGGAGUGACACAAAGAUCCAUCUGGAUGGAGACGGGGGCUUUACUGUGAACACGGCGGGUCGGACUCAUGUCUUCAAACCCGUGUCGGUGCAGGCGAUGUGGUCAGCCCUGCAGGUGCUGCACAAGGUGUGUGAGGUGUCCCGCAGGUAUAACUACUUCCCUGGAGGGAUGGCUCUCACCUGGAUGGGUUACUACGAGAGCUGCAUCGCCUCAGACCAGAGCUGCAUCAACGAGUGGAACGCCAUGAAGGAUUUGGAGACCACCCGGCCAGACUCGCCCACCAUGUUUGUCGACAAGCCUUCAGAGAGAGAGAGGACAGAGUGCCUUAUCAAAGCCAAACUCAGAAGCAUCAUGACGUGCCAGGACCUCGAGAACGUCACCUGCAAACAGAUCCGCACAGAGUUAGAACAACACAUGAGCUGUAACCUGAAGGAGUACAAAGAGUUCAUCGACAACGAGAUGCUGCUGAUCCUCGGGCAGAUGGACAAAGCCACGCUCAUCUUUGACCACGUCUACCUGGGAUCAGAGUGGAAUGCGUCUAAUUUGGAGGAGCUGCAGGAGACGGGGGUGGGCUACAUCCUCAACGUUACCCGGGAGAUCGACAACUUCUUUCCAGGAACGUUCAGUUAUCACAACAUACGUGUGUACGACGAUGACGCCACCGACCUCCUGGCCCACUGGAACGACACGUACAACUUCAUUGUUAAAGCAAAAAAGAACCACUCCAAGUGUCUCGUCCACUGUAAGAUGGGUGUGAGUCGGUCGGCCUCCACCGUCAUCGCGUACGCCAUGAAGGAGUUUGGCUGGUCGUUGGAGAAGGCCUAUAACUUUGUCAAACAAAAGAGGAGCAUUACACGACCCAACGCAGGCUUCAUGAGACAGCUGGCUGAGUACGAGGGCAUCCUGGACGCCAGUAAACAGCGUCACAACAAGCUGUGGCAUCCUGACGCAGACUGUGAGAUGUCGGAGGGGCAGCAGGGCUUACAGUGCUGUGGAGGCGAGGAGGGAGGUCACCUGACUCCAGAGCCGGGGAUGUCUCCCUGCUGUGAGGAGGCUCUCUCUGAUAAGGGGGCGGCUUGUCCAUCCCCCCGCAGGACUGUUGCUCUGGAGAUCGACCCCGCCUACAACAACUACUACUUCCGCCGGCUCUCUGACUCGGCACUGGACAGCGAACCUUCGACCCCCGUGCGCGGCCCUCCCCUCCUAGGCAUGGAGAAAGUCUUCAUCGAGAUUGAAGACGUGGAACGGGACGCCCUGCUGGAUGACGAGGCCUUCGAUGGCCGCGAAGGACUCCCUCUGCCCCACUUUGGACCCACAGCAGAGGGGACGGCUGCACAGACGUGCUCUCGGGGUCCUGAGCCCCUGGAGGAGCUGCGUCUGAGGCUGGAGUUCAGCACCGUGGAGGAGGAGGAUGAGGAGGAGGUGCAGAAGGAGGAGGCAGAGAUGGAGGUGCUCAUGCAGCCUGACGAUGGAGGAGGUGGGGGCGCAGGCGGAGGAGAGGAAGCUCAAGAUGUGGAGGUGGAGGGGGAUGGAGAGGGGAACGGGAUGGAUCUGGCAACCCUGAAUGAGAACUCCAACAACAACAACCAUAUCAACACUUCACAGAACCUUAAUGAAAAACCUGCCUCUGUCCUUCCUUCCAAGUCCAAGCAAAAAGCCGACUCGCCAGCCCUCGUUUCUAAGCUUUGCCUUAACCCCAGUCCUUCUGAAGUCCCAAGUGCUUCGUUCCCACGGCCCCGUACCUCUUCUGAAUGCCUAACGUCUUCAGUUGUAGUGCUACACCCUUGUGCCAACUGCGCUGCCUCCCCACCUAAAGCUCCGCUCGACAGAGACGAGCCGCCGGGAGACGCACCGCUGCCGAUGGAGCUGAAGGACGAUGGCGAUGUAGUCAAAGUUCACACUGAUAGUCAGAAAAGUAAACCUGCUGCUGCCUCUGAUGCCGUCCCCGAGCUGGUCAGCAUGGACUCAGAGGAAGAGAAACAAGGCGUGGCUUGCUACAUCGGCCAACAACAGGAAACGCUUUCUCAGCUGCAGCGGUCUGGGCUGGUCCGCCGCCGUGCAGAGAGACUGGAGAGACUUUCAGGUUUAUCCAAGGAGAGCCUGCACUUCCUGAAGCCUUUGCACGCAUGCCAAAAGCCCAAGAACAGCCCCUUUCACCCCGAGGAGGAGGAUGACUUCUCCGGCAUCACCGGGGACUUCCCCAAAUCUUCCACGCCAUGCCAAGUACGGUUAGAGCCACUGGUGGUGCCACUGACCAAUGAAGCCUUGUUGGGGGUGGUGGGCUCCGGGUUGCUCACACCCACCUCCUCGCCUCACGGCUCCACGCUGACACGCAGCUCCAGCAGUGACAGCCUGCGAAGUGUGAGGGGGAAACCCGGCCUGGUGCGUCAGCGGGCGCAGGAGAUCGAGACCCGCAUGCGUCUGGCGGGGCUCACCGUGCCCUCCAAGCUGAAGCGCUCCAACUCGCUGGCCAAGUUGGGCAGCAUCAACUUCUCCUCGGAGGACCUGUACUCCGCCUGCUCCUCUGAUGCCGGGACGCUGCUGCUACUCUCGCUGUCCCCGGAGCCUGAUCCCGCCUCUGAGUGGGGCUCCCCCAACAUCUUCGCUCCGCCACGACCGUGCAAGGACCUGCACACUCCAGAGAGGGCGCUACCAGGUGAGCCGCGGAGCUGACACACCGAGGAGAGGCUGUGCACUCUCCACGCUCCCCCUCCUCCAUCAUCCAUCGGGGCCGGAGAGUCGAGUCAGACGAAACAAAUGAAAAGAUGAAAACAAUGCCAAUAGUUGUUGUGAGGAGCGCUCUCUCUCUCUCCUUUGCCACAUUGUUCUUCAAACUGCUGUUCACAGUGAUGAUCGUCUUAUUGCUGUAUCUGUGUAAGCCAUCAGUUCACCUCUAACUUGGUUUGAUUCAUGGACAAACAAGUGCCUUAAGUAUGAGACCAGAGGCACAGAGACUGCAGGUUGAGAUGGUACGAGACCCUCUAUGACCUUUAACUUCACAGCCAGUAGUACCUGAUGUGUACCAGUUUAUGGCACUCAUAUUAUAUUUUCCCGUCAAAGUGGCGGUCUGUUCGGACGAACGGAGCUCUGGCAGGAAGUUAAUCUGUAGACUUGUUAAUCACAGUUUGUUUUAGAUGCCUGAGGGUUGUAAAUCGAACGGUUACCUCAUGUUGCAUUCACGGAGCUCUAUUCCCAGAUGUGGCCUGUUGCACCGGCUCUGUGGGAGUUCUGUCUCAAGUCACGCUGUAAAGUCGACGCUAAACUCUCUUUAGUUUCUAACUUAAGUUUAGGGAUGGGGAUAGACAUUCAAAAACUCUAGCAGUCAGUAAAUUAUUUUAAAAAGACUUCAUUCAGCUGUCAUCUAAAUGUAAUUUCUUAUUCAGUUACUUUACUGGCACCUUUACUUCUACCAGAAACUGACUAAACCAGGGAGUCACUGACUUUAUAGUGCCAAGAAACUUCAGCCGGCCACACACUAGACGAUUUUUUAAUCUGAAACAAAUUUAAAACCGUGGGAGACCACAGACUUCAGGACACUUUCCAGAGAUUUUUCAUCUUUAAUCCUCUGAACGCACACACUAGACGACUCAGCCAGACUGUCAGAUCACUGGAGACCACACACCUGCCGACCUGCCUACAACCUCCCGUGAUCACGUGACUUCAGAGAAAACAGCAAAAAAAACCCCACAGAUGUCUGUUGAUACUGUUUUGCUGUGUCUCCACAACAGGCUGUCCUGGCAUGCGUUACAGGUGUAGCAAAAAUCAUAAAACUAGGGAAAGACUCAGGAUGAAAUCCUGGCUGGAAUGAAGCUACAGUUGUGUUUAUGGUUGUGAGUGGUGAAAGUACAUAGGAUCCGUCUGGUAACGCUACCUGGUGUGCUCGCUCUCAUUGGUUGCUGUGGGUACUCUGUCAGAGGCACUGCGGCCUAGAAUCGUAAAUAUCAAACAUGUUUGAUUAUGAUUCAGGGUCUUGGAGGGUACGACGUGAUUUGGAGCAUUAAAUUAAUCGUGUUGACACCACACACAUGCAGACUACUCAGACAAAUAACCGUUUGCGACGAGGCUCCAGUCGGUAUACGCCCCCACAAUCCUCAGGGGGGUCAAAUCUUGGCUAAAAUUGGGCUUAAAAUCCUGUAGUGUGUGGCCAGCCUAACUUUGCUUCUCUUGACUGAAGAGACAAUCUACUGGACUGAAGAUUUUUAUCUAAAUGCUUAUUGAUCAAUAUGACAAAACAAUGAAAAAAACAUGGGACUGUAUUGACAGCUCUUUAAGCUGUGUUUCCACCAGGUGGUCCAGUUUGAUCGAGUACGGUCAACCCCAAAAAUAGUUUGCGUUACCACAAACACUCUGAUGGGGUGUGCAUGUGGUGUAACAGUCAGUGCGAGUUAUGGGGACGAUCAGUAUAACAGAUGGAAUCAGGAACUUUUUAACUCUUUAACUCCAGAUCUGCUCAGUUUAUUCCACUUCUGUUGGAUUGACGUUUUCCACAAACAACAGGAAAGUAUUGAUGUGUACUCAGAUAAAUCAGGACUAUCAUAUGAAAUCUUCAAUCCCCAUCCCUAGCUGUUAGAUCUUGUGUUUCAACUCGUCUUUGAGGUGACCCAGAGCUGGUGCAGCCCGGUGCUGGCUUCACUUUAGUUUACUUCAUUCAAGGAAACUCACUCUGAUGCAGAGGUGUGUGCUUAUGCAUUGAUAUGUAACUGUGUGUGUCUGUGAGCGUGAAUGGGCUGAAACGAGGAGAGGAGGCUGUGACUUUGUAAAGCCAGAGGCUUUUUCACUGUUUUCAACAGAACAAAACAUUUCUGGUUUGUUCUUCCUUUGCACUGUUGUUUUUUUAAUCAAGUGAAUACUGGUACACACGAGCUAUCUUCCAAAAUAACAUUCGUGAAAUGUUAUUGACCUCAUCAUUCCCUUCUGUGUCGCUGGGAGAGUAGAGUGAGGCGUCACGCUGCACGGCUGAAAUCAGAACACAAACGCCCGGAUCAUUAAUGAAACGAGGAGAAAGAAAACAAACCUUCUUUACCUUAAAUUUGCUCGUCCUCGAGGGUUGCCAACAUGUUCAACUCAUUUGUGCUUUUUGAAAAUGUGAAAGACCAAAGCUGUUUGGCCGUCAUGACAAUUGGAAAGCUGUACUAAAUAUGUGCUCCGUCAUUUCAAUCACGUAUUUCAAGAAAUGCUGUCACGUCUUUUUUGCACCUUUUGGGUGGUAGGGCUGGGCGAUACGGACCAAAAAUCAUAUCUCCAUGUUUUAGCUGAAUGGCGACACACAACAUGUAUCUCUGUGUCUUCUCUGUUCAUAUCAAACAGUUGUCACUUUAGCAGAAUGACCAACUUUGAUCAACUCUAGUAAAAAUCAAACUAUGCUGAAGAGGGACGCAUGAUUCAGGAGUUUUACUGUUCUUCUGUUUCCAAACUCAUUCACAGAUAUCCUAACUGCUGUGUGGAAAGUUCUACCUUCCACAAACUCACCUUUAUAAGGUGAAGCAAGGGAUGGGCCAUGAUUUUUGAAUACUCACUUUUUAUCUUUGAGUUUUUUUGAAGAGUGCAGGCAACUAUUAUCUUUGUUUGAAUUGUUAUUUUCCCAUUAUGUUUGGUAUAUGGUGGCUGUAACCCACUUGAGGGCUGUUUGCUAACUACCAUUUAAUAACAAAAGAAGAAGAAAGCUGUAGAAACUAAACAUUCCUUUCCUUAACAUAAGACAACAAAUCUUAAUGAUGAUUUUUAAUUUAAAAGAUCUAUUUAACUAGGUACUGUCCAGUUAAAGAGAGUGUGUCUUCAGUUUGAAUUAGCAUGGAGCAAUGCUAAGUCUGUUAGCCUGUUGAGGGCAAUUUCCAUUACCUGUUAGCAUCAAGCUAACAAGCUUAGGUGACAAAAAUGUCAGGUGGUGCAACCAGGAAAAAUGCUAAUCUAAAGCAGCAGAUAAAGGGUUAAAACAAACAUGUUUGGUAAUUAUGAUGGCAGUAGUGUUGUUAUUUUUCCAUCUUCUGAUGUAGAUUUAGCAUAAAGAAACAAAAUAACCGGACACAAUCCGAAACCAUCAGUAAAAUACAAAAGACUCACAAAUAAGUAUGUGUGAGGUAAUGUGGACGCUUUCUGGGGAAAUUGCCAAAGAUCUGAUUAAGAAUUUGGGCUGUCAACAUUGAUUGAGUUAAUCGCGAUUAAUCUGGGUCCACAAUUAGUGCACACAUUUUUUUUUUAAUCAUGUGUGUUUUAUUUUCCCUUUAACACGCUUUGGUUUAGCCAUGUCAGCGGGUCUGCAUCCAGACAGAAAGUCAGUUAGCCUUAGUAACAGAAAAACCCAAAACUGCACAAAAACAGUUUGAAAUGCAAAAUAGUGGAUUUUUAAAAUGUGACGAAAAGGGUGAGAUUAAUCCUGAAUAAGAAUUGUAAUUUUUUGAGAGCUUCAUUUAGAAUGAAUAAAAGGUAAAUACACAGAUUUUUGCUGGUGUACAGUUGGAGCACCUGACAGUUUUUGGGUGCUGAAGUUACAAAAGUUAUUAAAAAAAUAGAUUAAAACACUUUAAAAGUUAUGUCACUUAUAAAAUGUGUUAAAAGACAUAAAUCCACAAGCAUCCAUUACAUCCAUUUUAUUGAUGCCUUGAACAUCAUUGACCCAAACAUCCCAGUCUGUCUCACAGAUCUUUGAAGUCUCAUGCAAGUGACUUUAAAAUGAGAAUUUUCUUUGAAACACAUCUCCAUUUUUUCAGUAUUUACAGCCACAAUGUGUGCUGUAAAUAUUGGCAGAAAAGUCUGUAUUUAUCAGUACUUUUUAUUGACAUUUUGUGCUUUUAUUUACCUUAGUUAUUUUGCUAAUUUUAUCAUGCAUCUUUAAUAAUGAACCUCAUUGAUUUCACAGCAAACAAAAAUAGUGGUCCAAGCCCCUCAACAUUGGGCAAUGUUUGUUUUUAAUGAUCACAAAUCACAGACAAACUUCUAACUUUUCUUCACUCUUAAAUACCAUGCACUUUGAAAACAAUGAAAUCUCCAUAAUGUAAAGAUCAGCGGUAUCAGAAAGUUCAUGAUCAGUGAUAUUCAAACAAAGAGAGAGAGAGUAAUGUCUGGCUCAAAUACUUGGAAAGGUGCAUAGAACUGGAGAGGAGCGAUGGCUUUCCUGACCACUUGAUGAAAAUGGACAGUGUGGAGGAGUUUCAUGCGUUUUUUGAUAUUAAAAAAAUGAAAAAGUUGUCAAAUUUUGGUUUUGCAGGUGUGUUAUCACACCUGGAAUUGUUUUGAAUCAAAUCAGCGUUUCUGCUCUGGUUGGUUUGUUUGGAUGUGUAAACACUAGCAGGACAAUCAGACUCUUUAGUAAGUGAGCGGAGAUUGCUCCGGACUCACUCGAUUUCUAACAAACCCUGGAGAAUCGUUUUUUUAGAGUCAUGGGUUAAACCGGUGAGGAGUGAGGGUAAACCUUGUUUCUCAUCAUUUUUGCCCACUUUUUUUAGCUCAACUCAGCCUAACUUUAUUUAAACAGCACAUCUCACACACCAAUAUAUUCAGUCCAAAAUGCUUUACGAGUAAGAGAGAGACAGGAAACUACAGACACUGAAGAAAAUCAGUAAAAAAACAAACUCAUAAAAAUAAAAUCAAGGAAACAUUCAUAAACCAGUAAUUAAGACCCAUAAAGCUGGAUAAAACUCGGCGCUUAAACAAGACAAAACGCUGAUUAAGGAUGUAAAAACACUCCGAAAUUGGAGCUUUUUAGUAAAAAUUAACAAUGAAUUUAUAUAAUUAUUUAAAUCUGCAUUUUUUAUAAUCAGGAAUAAAACAUAAUCUAGUGUUGGGUGUCUAUGACUUCUGUUUUUGUUGCUGUGGUCUCAGACAAGCUUCAGUAUAGUUUGAUAUUUAAUAAUAAAUUAAAAUUUCCUUAACUCAGAUAAAAUGAAAAUUCUCUGUUCAGACUAAACAUUCCAGUUAUCGUGUCAAUAAUCGUGUCUCUGUUAAUGGUCCUGGUGAACAGUCUUUUUGCUGACCUGGCAUGUAGCCUCAACAUAAAGGUAACUGAGUAAUCAUUAUUGCCCUACCCUGUAUCUCCUGUGAAAAUAUAUCAUCGUCUCUCCGAACCGUGAGUUAUUGCCCAGCCCUAUGUGGGAGAGCGACUCAGAGAAGUCAUCGGGCUCAUAGCUGUUAAGCUUUUUACGCUCAUAUCAUGGGUGAGGUGGAAAGCUUCGAUCACAGCAGGUUACUUCACCGUUUGUAACCUUUUUCUUUUUAUAUUUAAGUAUGCAGUAACUUUUGUACUGUACAUCGCUGUAGUUUGAAUGCAUAUUGCACUUUUUAUGUUGGUCAAAAUAAUGUACUGUACGUGUUCAUUAUGGAAAUAAACAUUUCUUUUACAUAGCACUGAUCUCGCUUCUUCUUCCAUCAUGAUCAA